UUGUAGCGAUUUCUGAGUUACCGAUAUCUGCAACUUCGGCGAACGGAGGCAGACGAAGGUCUUCAAGUGCGGUGAUCGAAGGUGAACGGUGGUCUCAAGGUCGAUGAGCGGUGGCGUUUUACUUAUGUGAACAAAGACAUUUUUCUUUCGCGAAUAGAGGCCUACAACUUCAUAGAACGGAGGAAACAUGAGUAUUCAGUGUCGGCAAAUGGAGGUCUGAUCGGUUGUUUGGUUCGUUGUUUUUUGCUAGUUUUCUUUGUUUUUUUUUUGUGGUGCUUUAUUAGUACUUAUUUUGUGUUGUUUGUUUGGUUAUGGAUUUUUAGUUUUUUUGGCCGGUUCUAUUUUGGUUGUUUUGCUAGUUUUAGUUUGUCAUUUUGAAAUGCAUUUUUUGAAUAAUGGUUUGUUCAAUUUUGUUUGGUUUUUUGCAUAGAUUUUUGUUUUGUCUAUUGUGUUGUUAGUUUCCUUAUGGUCUUUGAGUUUUACUUGGCUUGUUCUGUUUUGAUCGUUUUUUUUGUUUUAGUUUGUUAUUUUGAUUUUGAAUAAUUAGAUGCAUUUUUUUUAGUAAUGGUAUGUUCUAUGUUGUUUGGUUUUUGAGAUUCGGUUACUAUAUUUUUUGUUUAUUUUGCUUUUUUUUAAUUCUUUUUUUGGUUAUAGGUAACUAUUUACUUUGAGAUUAUCGUAUUUUAAACGUGUUGUUUAAUUGUUAAGGUAACCAAUUAAUUUGAUAAGUAAUUGGUUUUUUUUUUUUAAAAAAAAAAGUGUCAAUUUCUAAUGAUAUUAAGUAAUCAUUUUAUUUGUGAUUUUCAAGUUUUCCUAUUUUUUAUAGUUGAUUUGUGUUUGUCUUGUAUAGGUUGCAAUGUAGCUUGUUAAAUCUAUAAGUAAUUGAUUACCCUAGCUGUGUAUGAUUUUUCAUGUGUUGUUUAAUCUACAAGUAAUUGGUUACCCUAGCUGUAUUUGCCUUGUAUAGGUUGCAAUGUAGAUUCUUUUGUGAGUGUUUGUUUAUAAUAAUUAUAAGUAAUCAUUUUUAAUUGUGAUUUUUAGGUGUUGUUGUUUUAUAGUUGAUUUGUUUUUGGCUUGUAUAGGUUGUAAUAUAGCUUGUUAAAUCUACAGGUAACUGGUUACCCUAGCUGUGUAUGUUUUUUCAUGUGUUGUUUAAUUUCCAAGGUAACUGGUUACUUUGGUAAGUAACUGGUUUCUUUUUUGUGAGUUUCUAUUUCUAAUUUUUCUACAUAAUCAGUUUUAUUUGUGAUUUUUAAGUGUUCUUGUUUUAUAUUUGAUUUGUUUUUGCCUUGCAUAGGUUGUAAUGUAGUUGGUUAACUUUUAAAGUAACUGGUUUCCCUUGUAGCUUUUAGUUAUUUUAAUUUUCUUUUUUGUGGUAAUUGUGUGUGUGUGUGUAUUUUUUUUCCUGGCUGUGCAUUAUAUGAUCAAACCAGAGUUUCAAUUUGGAAGUAAGAUUCAACAAUGGAGUAAACAAGAGGUUAUAGCUGAUUUGAAGAAAGUUUUCACCAAGAAGUAGAAGGUUGUGUUUAGAAGAACUCCUUUUGGUCAUUUUUUUGGAUUUGCCAAGUACUGCAUGGCAAGCACAACUUGUGCAUUUGACAAACUUUUGUGGCAAAGAACUAGGUGUUAUAUGCGCUCAACUUUAAAAGAGAAGAAUGCCUUUAUAUGAAGAUUGCUAGGAAAGCAGAUGGGUCUCUUGAAAAUUAUAGUUACAAGUGUUUUGGUUUUCCUCUUGCAUUUGUUAUAUGGAUUUAUGAGACACUUCCAAUUUUUGUUCAUCGUUUUUAUGUCAGAGGGUUGGUUAUGAUUUUCUAAGGAUAUUGAAUUGGUAUAGCAAGGAUAAUGUGAAUUAUCAAGAAGUUCUUGACAAAGUCUUUAUAGAUGAUAAGUUUGAUGUCAAUAUUGUCGUUCCUAAUGCGGAGGAAAAAAAGUGGGAUUUUGAAAAAUUUAUCAUUUGAAAGUAAAUUCUGCCCAACAUCACCACCUAUAGAUAAGGACAUUCCACUAUCGAAGAUGCUUUUGUUGAGGCCUAUACUUUUUCUACCAAAGAAGCAUUUGGAGGAUCAUUAUAACAAGGGGUUCCAAGAUCAAAUAAAGGAGUUACAUGUAAAGCUGACUAAAGUCCAAGCUUCCCAAAAUUUGAUUCUUGGUGAAGUUGGUUCUUUGAAGAAAAGUUUUGAUGCCAAUUUUGCUACAUCAACCGGUUUGCUUGUAGACAUUAAGACCGAUGUGUCUAUCAAAGUUGAUAGUCGAGAUUUAGAUUUACAAAAUCAAAUGGACUUUGACCAUGUUUCUCAGGAUUAUUUUGAUGAUGUUUGUGUGGGAGAGUACCAAGAUAUUAAACUUAGUGAAAAUUUGGGGGCUGAUUUGGAGCAUUCUGUGAAGAUUGCUUCAGAUUUUGUUACUCAUGUUAAGAGCCAAUCUAAAAAUGCAUUAUUGGUAUGCUCAACUCCUUCAACUCCUACAUUUCAUGUGUCAAAUGAAAUGUCGAAGGUUAUAAACAAGUCUGUUGAGAGACCAUUGAAAAAGAGCAGUUAUAUUGAUGAUAAAAGUAAUAGAUUGAUUGUUGUUUAUGAUUCUUCAAGAGUAGUUGAUGGUGGGGCAAUUUUGCCUAAGAAAAGAGAGGUGAAGCUGAGUGUUGUGAUCAAGUCUCAUUUCAUGACAAAGUUUGGGACUUCUGAAAAUGAAGGUAAACAAAAAAAGAAAGAGGAUUGUAUUGGAUAAUAUAUGUCAUUUUUCUAAUGAUAUUGGUCAUAAUCACACUCAAGAACAAACUUUUGAGUUUCAUAGUUGGAUCAGAACUAAAUUCAAGCACAAUAACAAGUAUGUACAAUUUGUUAUUUAAAUUUUUUUUUUUUUUGCUCUGUUGAAAUUGUUUGUUUGAUUUUCUAAAAAUUGUUUGGUUUAUUUGUUUUUUAGGUUUAAGAAAUAUAAUCAUAACAAGGUUGAGCCGUCAAAAGAUUUCACUUUCAUUUUUAUUGAUGAGAAAACUUGGUUCUACCGUUUGUUAUUUCCUGGGUAGUUUGUUGAUUUAUCAGUGAGUUUCUUUCCUUUAAUGUCGUGUUUAUCAUUUUUAUAUAUAUAUUUUAAAAAAGCUACUUUGAUGAGUUCUAUUCUAUAUUGUGUUGUGAUGGGGUAACCAAUUACUACAAUCAUUUUUAAUGUUGCAGUGCUCUGUGUAACUGGUUACCCAAUGUUUAAUUAUUUGUUGUGUAGCUCAUGGUAACUGGUUACCCUUUGUUUUUCAAAUAUGUUAUGUUGUAAUGGGUAACAUGUUUCUUGAUAGUUUGUCUUAUAGGCAUUUUUUUUAAAGUGCAGCAUAUUGAUGUUAUGAUGUAUUAUUUGAGCAGAAAUGUUAAGUUAUGCAAAGGUUUGAAGAGGAGAGUCUCUACUACCGAUAGUUGUUUUGGCCAAAAUAUUGUGUUCAUGUAUGAAAAGUUUAAGAAAUCAGGCAGUGGUACAUUUAACAUUGAUGACAGUUGUGUUCCUUUGAAGAUUAUGAGGGGUGAGUCAUUGUUUUACAGCACUCACUGGAAUCUGCUUGAUCAUGUUCUUAUGUCUGUUAAUGUGAAGACUCUUCUUCAUUGGCUUUUGUUGCAUUUUAACAUAAAGAGGAGGUCACUCAUUGUUUAUGAUUCUAUGUCAAGGGCGAGGCAUGAAAAUUUGAGUUUACCUAUGAUUGAAUCAUUUGUUGUAAUGCUUCCUUUUCUAUUGGAAAAUACUGGUUUUUAUGAUCUUCCUUAUAUAAAUAUUAAUCUUAGUUCUUAUGAUGUCGCUGAGAAUGAUGCUUUCCAAUUGACUAUUGCUAGAGGCAUUCCUCAACAAGUUGAGUGGUGAGUUUUUUUUUUUAAAGUUUGUUUGUCUUUUUUGUUUCUGGUUUUGUUUUUAUGUUCUUAGUUUUUAUUUGUGUUUGCAAUAUUGUAGCGACUCUGAGAUUUUUACAACUUAAUUUGCUGAGCAAUUAAUUCUUGGAAAGGAAAAUGAGAUGACAAAAGAACCUGAUGCUCGGUUGCUUCGCCAAGACAUUGCUGUUAGCUUGUAUUUUCAUGGGAAGAAGAAACAAGAAGAUGGAUAUUUGACUAGCGAUGAACUCAGUGAGAAACUUUUGGAGAGGAGGCAAAAGAGGAGGAAAACUGCUCAUAGGUUUACUUAAGACUGCUGCAUAGGUUAUUUUGGAAGCUUUUGGAAAUGAUAUUUGACUUUUUAUUUUGUUUAUGUUCUAGGCCAAUUCAUCUUUUGGAAGGAUAUUUGGCUUUUGGAAAUUAUGACAAAUAGUUAGUUGCAUACUUAUCUAUGUUAAAUUGCUACUUUUGUAAGACAUUUGUUACUUAAGACUUUUAUAUAUUAGUUGAUCUUUUUUGUGUUCUCCAUCUGUUGUUUGUAUUUAUUUUUUGUUAGUUUUGUUUUAAUUAACUUACUAAUAUAUAAUUUGAGUAGUUUAUAUGUUCUUUUUUGUCUAUUUUUUCUAAGUUUUUUUUCAGGAAUGUUUUAAUAGUAAUCAGGUACCCAGUUUGGUGUUCAUCUUAUAUACCAAGCGAUAACUGGUUACCUUUGGUGCUAGAUAUUUUUCUUAUUCCUAUAUUUUUUUGUGGCAAUUGUUAGAGCAAAGUAACCAUUUUCUUGUUUAUUUUUUAUUUCAGGUUUAAUAUAUAUAUAUAUUAUAUUCCACUUUUUAAAGCAACUGAGUUGUUUUAUAUGUUUUGUUUUGUAUAUAUUUCCUCAGUUUUUAGGAAUAUUUUAAUGGUAACUAGAUACCCAGCUUGGUUUUUAUCUUAUAUAUAUACCAAGGGGUAACUGGUUACUUUUGGUGCUUGAUGUUUUUGUUAAAUUUUUUUUGUGUGUGGCAA